CGUCAAUACGGAUAUUUUGACUCAUCGAUUCAAACGAUUCAAACCCCUACGUUACUAACCCGAGCGAAUUCAUAGGAGGUUGUUUGCUGAGUUGUGCGGGUGUUUCUGUGAUUUCGAAGAGAAAAAAAAAGUUUUUGCAAAAUAGGUAUUCGAUUUGGAAGUCGAUUUAAAACGUCUCGUUGCAAAAUCACGAAACUAUCAAUCUAAUCAAGAAUGCCGGCUGCAGUUCCCGCAGAAAAUGGGGCCGGUGUCCCAAAAACAGAGUUGCAAGAGUUGCAGCUCAAACAACAGCAGGUGGUGGAUGAGUCUCUUGACAGUACACGACGUAUGUUGGCGCUAUGCGAAGAGAGCACUGAAGUGGGAAUGCGUACCAUCGUUAUGCUGGAUGAGCAAGGAGAGCAACUGGACCGCAUUGAGGAGGGUAUGGACCAAAUAAAUGCCGACAUGCGAGAAGCCGAAAAGAAUCUCAGCGGAAUGGAGAAAUGCUGCGGCAUUUGUGUACUACCAUGCAAUAAGAGCGCAUCUUUUAAGGAAGACGACGGAACUUGGAAAGGUAACGACGAUGGUAAAGUUGUGAACAAUCAACCACAAAGAGUUAUGGACGACCGUAAUGGACUAGGACCACAAGCCGGUUACAUUGGAAGAAUAACCAACGACGCGCGUGAAGACGAGAUGGAAGAAAACAUGGGACAGGUUAAUACAAUGAUCGGUAAUUUGCGAAACAUGGCCCUGGAUAUGGGAUCUGAACUCGAAAAUCAGAACAGACAAAUUGACAGAGUCAAUCGUAAGGGCGAUGAAAACACUACCAGACUUGAAGAAGCUAGCAAACGGGCUGGUCAGCUGUUGCGAAGCUAGCACGGAAAGAUAACCAUCGUUUUCGUUGAAUUUUGUUGUUUUGACAUUUUUUUUGAAACAUGCAGUUUAGUUUGCGAUGCACAUCACAUGUUACAGAUACAGGCAAUACUACUCGUAAUGGCAUAUUUGUCCUACGGCAUGUAUAUAUUUGGGACAAAUAUGAAUCGAAGUGUAGCAAUACACUUUGAAGAAAAGAAAAAACCUGUGCGAUCUAAAAUAAAAACUUUUGUUUCAUUUGUAACUUCCUGGCGAUUAUUUCCAAUGAACAAACAUUUGUUUUUUCGUGUUUUAUUUGUCCGCAUAUGACGAUACAGAAACCUACGGCUUAUUGAAAAGCGAACCAUAUCAAAUUCAAAAAUAUAUCUUUUAAACUGAUGUCACAUAAUAAUGCAUCUUUUUCGCAGUAGCUCGCCGUUGGCACCGAAAUCCACACUAAUAACCUUCUUAUUCUGAUACUCUAUUGAUAUUGUAAGCUUAAGAUCGUCAAGAAGUGCGAAUCUGUUGAUUGAGAUUAGUCUCGAAUCUGCUUCUAAUGGGAGUAAGUCUCUAUCAAACAGAAUAAUGCUAGCAAUAAUAGUAAAGAAAACACAAAUGUGAUAUUUCAACAUAAAACUUAACGACUUGUAUAACAAAGAAUAGUAAUAUGUGCUUGAAAAAGACUUCCAGUUAUUUUAUGUAUGAUUAUUCAUAUUACGACACAACUUCAUUUGGUGGAAUUUGCAAAAGAAAUAGAUUAACAUCAAAUUAUGUGAUUGACCAGUAUACUUUUGAAACUGGCUAAUUGUUUAUUUUAUCUGAUUAAUCUCUGGCAUCGUAAAGAUAGCAGUUGCUAUCAUAGUAUGGGAAGUAACUUACCGAGCAAAAUGUAAAUUUGUCUGUCGUGGGUAGACCUCUUAUAGUAUCCUUAAUUUCUGAGUCUUUUCCUAUAUUUUAUAGCCCUAGCCUCUCCUAUGACACAUCCAAAUUUCCACAUAAAUAGGAUAUUUCAAUGUAAAUUAAAAGAUUGAAUUGACUAUCUUAAUUUACAGUCCUUCAGUCGAAAUGUUUAACCAAAUUGCAUUCAUUCAAGUUUUACUGGUCAUACCAAUGUUGCCUUAGUAUUUUCCAAUUGGUCGAUACAGUAAAAUAACCUAAAAAUUGAGUAAACUUCACUUCAAAACACGACGGUUCGGAAAGGUUGACUUGUAGCUCAUCUAAUGAUCAUACAUAUGCUCAAAAUAUGCCAAUGACACAUUCCGCGGGCCGGUAUACCAAUCAGACAUUUUAUAAAACAUGCUUUUUGCAUUGUUGAUUAUUUUUCCAUGAUUUGGCAAUGUUUGAACCUUUCAAAACUGCCGUAACUGGUAUUCUAGCAUUUUCGAAAGUUAUAUAAAACGUGUAUCGAAAAUAAAUGAAAUUUACAAGAAAAAAAUGAUUUUUCGUGAUAUUUUUGAAAAUGCUGCUACAGUGCGCUAAAACUUUUCAUAAUAUCACUUGUUUUCGACCAACUUACAAGGGAAUAUAUGCUGAAUCCAUUCCAAAAAUAGUUUGGAUGUAAUUUUGCAGUUAUUUUGUAUUUCAAGUGGAUGAAAUAGGGCCAUUUUCUUGCGUUGUAACGUCACGAAAAAGGCGUACUUUUUCGCUUUCGCAGAAAAGUACAAAUUCGAACAAUCUAAUAAUCCGUAUGCUCUUUGUACUCAAAAAUACCUUUAAAACGGUGCCUAAAGAAUGAUGAUAAGUAAAGUAGAACCUAAGUUACAACUGAUUGAAACUCGCGUUGUAACGUCACGGCGGUCAGCCGGACGGAUUCAAAACAAGUGAGACAUAAGUAAUAACAUCAAAACCUUAAGGCAUUGCAUAAAAGUUGCUUCAGAAAAGUUUCUUCAUUUAAAAAGCACUUGCUAGUGGUGAAAAAAUAUUCGGACAUUAGGGUGUCCUCAAGCAGAUACAAAAAAUAUUUUCUCUAUUUUAAGUCAGAAAUGAUAGCUGUCUACAGAACAUUUGAAGAAAAACUAAUUUCAAGAAACUUCAUUGAAUGCUGAAAAUUUCUAUUUCUUGCAUGAAAAAAGUUAUAGAGCCAAACUCUUAGGGACACCCUCAAAAACAGGGUUUUCGAUCUAGUUCUUUAAUAACGCUUCGUACACCUUUUAGAUGUUCUAAUAAAUUUUUAAUCAAAUUAAAUUGCACAUUUUCGUCGAAGAUACUAGAACUCUAUCUUUUUCCCUUUAGGAGCUAUCCCUUGUUUCUUUCAUUUCGACAUGUUCACCUACGGUUGCCUUCAUAAUACCUUUUUUUUUAGAUAUUCCUCAGUGUUCUGUCCUAUAUUGUACAUGGUGGAAUACAGCAUAAAUUGACUCACAAAAACAAGUGAGAUUAGCUGCUUAUAGCUGCUUUUCCCCGAGAUACAGUACAUUAAAGAGUACAUGUAAAAAUAAAAAAGCCAGUAAUAGCUUCUAAAGGGAAAAAGAUAGAGCCUACUAUUUUCGACAAAAAUGUGCAAUUUAAUUAGAUUACCAAUUUAUUAGAACAUUUUCAAGCCAUACGAAGCGUUAUUAAAGAACUAGAUCGAAGAAAAAAAAACUAUUUUUGAGGGUGUCCCUAAGAGUUUGGCUCUAAAACUUUUUUCAUGUACGAAAUAUAAAUCUUCAGUAUUCAACAAAGUUUCUUAAAAUUAGCUUUUAUACAAAUGUUUUGCAGAAAGCUAUCAUUUCUGACUUAAAAUAGAGAAAAUAUUUUUUGUAUCUGCUUGAGGACACCCUAAUGUCCGAAUAUUUUUUCACCACUAGAAAGUGCUUUUUAAAUGAAGAAACUUUUCUGAAGCAACUAUUAUGCUAUGUCUUAAGGUUUCGAUGCUAUUACUUAUGUCUCACUUUCUUAGCAUCCCACCCACUGCGCGACGUAAUUUGUGAACAACCCCACAAUUACGUAGGCGAAAUAGUGAAAGACAAAUUAACAACACAUUUUUGGAUUAUCCCUUAUGUGCAGAGGGCAGCAACAGCGAUAAUUAACGAAUAUUAAAUGAACAGAUUUUUCAUGACGUUACAACGGAGCUACGACCCUCUCUGUGCAAAGCAGAGCGUUGUAACGUCACGAAAAGUAAAAGCUGUUUAAAAAUUAACUUCACUAACUAUCGGAAUUCUGAAAACGGCAAGUUGUUCAGUAUUCAUCUCUUAUCAAAUCAUAGAAGAAAAUCUUUAGAUAAAAUUUGAAAGAGAGCAGAAUUUUCAUGUUUUUUGACAGAAGAACCAAAAGACGUAUUUCUGGCGCGUUGUAACGUCACGCUACAUAUUUGCUUUCCAAAACAAUCUGGGCAAAGCAAAUGCUAUUAAUUUGUUCACUUUUAAUAGGAAAUUUUAUGCUCUUUCCAAAUAUAUAAUAAUAUUUGGGGGUUUCUCAACGAUUUUCCCAGCUAAAACAUAAAUACUGUGCAAAGAAAAGUCAAAACAUUGUAACGUCACGGCGGAAUGUGUCCAAUAUCUUCUAAACUUAUUGAUUAUUCAUGCUAUACAUGAAAGGUGUCUUGAACAUGUUAUCAAUCACUUAAUUACAGACACAAGCUAGUAAACUUAAUCAAUGUCAAAUAUUCAAUAAAUUGCCAAAAAGCAUAUGUACUUAUUUUUAUAACAACGCAUCUGGCAUAUAUUGAGAGAUCAAAUUUAAAUAUCUUCAAUACAUCUGCUAGAAUCAUUUUUCGUUUCCUCUUGAACUGUAUUUAUUAACAUAGAUUCAAUAAAAGUGUUCAAACUGUGUAUUAUACAACACAAAUUAUUGACAGUAUUCGAUUUGAGCGACCAAUACUGCGCUUUGAAUUUCGUAUUCGUCGUAUUGUAUUUCGUCACUUGUCAACUCGAGCAUAAUGGUGAGAAUAGUGCACUCCUUUCAAUAUCAAACUAUUAUUACGUUUCGUGGUAGUCUGAAAAGAUUCAAAUAAUCAUGGCUGGGGCCGCGUCUAUACCCUUACUAAUAAUUGCAUUACACUCAAGAUUUAUAUGAAGGUGGCUUAAUGCCUUUGGUUAAUUGCAGUCAACAUCAAAGAGAUUUUGAGUUCGUUUUACCCCAAUGUCCCUGUUGUUGUCUCUGAGACAUUUAUUGAUUUUGCAUACUUCAACUACAGGAUAUGAAGAGAUUUGCUGAUACAACCCACUCCCGACUUGCUCUUACUUCACAUAAUAGCUAACAUCCAUUAAAGUACGGAUGAGUUUCGCUAGUUCGGUUUUUGGUUACUCGAACCAUGAUUUUUAUUUUUAAAACAACUUGAAAAAGCUGUGUGACUUUAAUUCAAACUGUGGAUAAUAAUAAUUUUAAGUCGCCUGGCCUGGUACUUAGCCCAACAACCGUAUCGCACACAAGCUGAAACAAUGUGUCAAAAGUUUAGAGUACACUUUGCGCAAGAAUCGUAACUUAACACAAAUGCGUUGAGACGUUGCGUUAUUGCCAGCAAUAGUAGAAUAUCUUAGGCUGAAAUAACCAAUAUAUUGGCUUAUUGAUCUACUGAAAAAGAUGAAACACACAAAACAAGAAAGUAAAAAGUAAAUCUAUCACUUUGAAAUAUAUUCAUCUCUUGUUGUCUUUGAAAACUCUAUGUGUGUUGUAGAAAUCCAAACCCCUUCUAACAAAAGCAAAACAAGUUUUAGUUGAAAUAUUUUACAUUAUUUUUAUUUCAAUUUUGCAUCCUAAUAUUGGUAAGACCGUUAAUCAAUCUACCGAGCCAACUCCAAGACAACUGAGUUUCCUCCCAGAUUCAAAAGCACAUGUCUAUUUUUUUGUACUCUAAAAGCAUUCUGUUCAAACACAUGCGAACAAACGAAGAAAAUAGUCAGGGAAAAAUGUUUAGUCGUAUUUAUCUCACGAAAGUUUACGAGGAUCCCGUCUUGCGCGGUCUCCAAAUAUAGUUUAUUCACGGGAAUUUAAACGUUUCCAUCAUUAUUUAACUAUUCCAACUAUCAUUGUAAUAUAUUAUUUUUGUUAUUCUGUGAACAUAUGUAACGAACAAAACGCGAAGAAAAAAUUUUAGGAGAGAAAAAUAAUGCAUCAAAUAAAAUUAGAAUAGUUAUAUUGAUAAUAUGGUUAAUAUUUUUCAAAUGUAUUAAUA